AUGAUUCCUAUCAUCCUUACCUCACUCGUUCUGGCAGCGCUGUACCUGUAUCAUGUCAACGCCGCCAUGAAGCGGGUCCCCGAGGAGGCGCGCAAAUCGUCCCCGCACCGCUGGACCGUCGACGAGGUCAAAGCUGCCUACAAGAGAACUGUCGAGAUCCCCGUUGAUAUAACAAGCAGUCUGCCGCCGAAACAGUCGCGCCGCUAUGUAGUGGUGGGCGGAUCUGGUCUCGUGGGCGGCUGGAUUGUUUCGCACCUCCUCGCGCGCGGGGAGAAUCCAGCUUCCCUGCGUGUUCUAGAUCUUUUGUCGCCGACUCAAGAUGUUCUCGACCAGGGCGUGGCCUUCGUCAAGACCGAUAUCACCGACGAGCUCGCCGUAACCACAGCCUUUGAACAGCCAUGGCCGGCAUCCGUCGCCAACCUGCCCCUGACCGUCUUCCACACGGCCGCCACGAUUCGGCCGUCCGAGCGGCUAGAGACUUUCCUCCCGCUGUGCGCAAAGGUCAAUAUCGACGGCACCAAAAACGUGCUAUACGCUUCCAAAAAGUGCGGUGCAACCUGCUUUGUCUCCACCUCCUCCGGUUCAGUGUCCCUGCAUAAACCGGGCUUCUGGAUAGCGCCAUGGGAGACAGUCCCGCGGCGUGCAAUGCAGAUUCUCAGCGACGAUGCAAAGCUUCCCCAGCGUCACGACGAGUUCUUCGGUAACUAUGCCGUGACCAAGGCUGAAGCCGAGCGCAUUGUCCGCUCAGCGGAUGACCCGGCCAACGGCUUCCGGACAGGCUGUAUCCGGCCGGCGAAUGGGAUCUACGGUAUCGGAAGCGACGCGAGUAUGACUAUCACAGGCGUGUACUUGCGCAGCGGCGGCAGUCCUACCUGGCUUGCCCCCGUAAUUCAAAGCUUCGUCAACGCCGAGAACGUCUCCCUCGCACACCUGCUCUACGAACAGCGCCUCCUCGAACAAUCCCAACCAUCCAGCAACCUUCCAAACACAGGCGGCCAAGCCUUCGUCGUCACAGACCCAAAUCCAGCCAUCUCCUUCGGUGACAUCUACACGCUCCUCGACACGCUCGCCAAAACCCCCGUCUCCUUCCCGACCCUCCAGCCCGCCCCGCUCCUGCUGCUGGCAUACCUGGUCGAGGCGUACGUCUACGUGCAGCAUGCGCUGCUGCCGUGGCUCCUGCCCAGGCUCACGGGCGACGUCGUGCAAAUUCAGCCGUCGCUGUUUGCUAUUUCGGACGUGUUCUGUGUCGCGGAUGACUCGCGUGCGAGGAGGGCGCCGGAGGAGGGUGGGUUGGGAUAUCGGCCAGAGAUUACUACGUUGCAGGGUAUGUGUAAGCAGUUGGUGGAUUGGAAUGCGAAGGCUGAUGCGAAGGCUGUGGCGGAGCGUGUGGGGAAGCUACACAUGGGGCCUGCUUUGGUCGGACAGAAUGGGGUUGAAGUGAAGCUUGUUGCGCCGACGGAGCUGUAG